GUCUUGAGAGAUUCUAAUUUUUCACCGUCGCAAGCGAGCUGAAGUUGCAACCGCAUUGACAUAAAAUGGGUCAAAUUCAUGCAAAGGAAAUUACAUCAGAUGAGAGGCCUACGCUUGAAGAGGAAGAUACCACUGUACACCGGCAUGUCUUUGAUGGAAAUAAUCCAGUCAAAGUCGAGCACGUCCACAUCGACGGCUUGGGUCGAACCAAAGAUGACCUGGUCAUCCGUCAAAUGAGAGACGUGUUCCAGGCGAAGACUUUCAAGGAGGUCAUCCAGAAGACCGGAGAAGCUAAGGUCAAACUAGAAGGGCUCGGUGUCUUCAAGUCAGUAGGAGUCUUCAUUGAUACAAGCAAAGGAGAGGAAGCUGGUGCCGAUGGCUUAGACGUAACCUUUAAUGUCAAAGAGAAACGGAGACUGACAGGUAGCGCACAUACUGCAGUGGGGAAUAAUGAAGGAAGUCUGGUUCUUGGGGCCAAGAUGCCUAACACGUUUGGCCGAGCCGAGAGUUUAGUCGCUGAGUACUCCAGAGGGACCAAGCAUUCUUCAGGAUUUAAUGUCAUGCUGGUGAAACCCAUUGGAGAAGAAUUUGAUAAGAGGUUAAGAGGUUCAGUCUUCAAGUCUUCAGCUGAUUAUGCCCCCAGCUCUUACCGCGAAACAGGACGAGGUGUCACGCUAGAUUUUACUUUUCCUCAUGUUUUAGGUAUGUCUGAGCUGCAGUGGGAGGGGGUGUGGAGAGAGUUGUCUUGCUUGACGAGAACCGCAUCCUUUGCAACCAGAGAACAGUCCGGCCACUCUUUAAAAUCAUCUCUCAAGCACACACUCACAAGAGACACAAGAGAUGAGAGGAUUUACCCGUCAGAGGGAUAUCUCUUGAAGCUCAGCCAGGAGGUAGCGGGAUAUACUGGAGGCGACGUCAAGUUCUGGAAAGAACAAUUUCAGUUUCAAGUCAACAAAUCCCUGUUCUGGAACUGUGUGCUAUCUGGUAGUCUGCAAGGUGGUGUCAUGAAAGGCAUCUCGGAUACGGAAGUACGUCUCAACGAUCGCUUCUUCCUGGGAGGUCCUACAAAUGUUCGAGGUUUCAACAUCAACGGACUCGGACCCCACACACAAGGUGACUACCAGGGCGGGGAAGCCUUGUGGGCGGGGGCCCUUCAUCUCUACACCCCUCUACCGUUCGUCAAGGCAGGGCGGGGUGGGUUUGGGGAUGUCUUCCGGACUCAUUUCUUCGUCAAUGCAGGCAACCUUACGACAUUAGAUACAAAUAAUAUUUUUGCCUGGGAGGACCAUCUACAGAGACUAAGACAGGACUUCAGGUGGAGCUACGGAGCCGGGCUAGUCCUACGAAUCGGGUCCAUCGCCAGAUUUGAGCUCAACUACUGCCUUCCCAAGGCUGCUCAACCAACCGACAAUAUCUGUCAGGGAUUACAGUUUGGCAUUGGCGUCAGCUUCUUAUGAUAGGAAUCAACCAAUCAGCAUCCCAUAUUGAGAUCAUGUGACUUGGCUGCUGAAAUGUACCAAAUGAGCUUCAUACCAGUGGAACACUCAAGGCCCAUCUCAUCAUUGCUUUUAAAAAAAAACAUGUUUUUUUAUUUCCGAAAUGUGGUAUUUCAAGCUCAAUGUUGCCCUUUAGGUGUCGGUGUUAAACCAGUAUGUUAUCUGGGGCCCGUAACACAAAGCUUAGCAAUGAUCGUAGAACAUUUUUCUAUGAUUGAUUGCAUUGACUGCAAUGU